GGGUUCAGUCGCUUUCUCUCCUAUGCCUAUGGUUACGGACGAGUGAGCACGGUGGGGGUACGGAAGCUGCUCGAAGACACCCCCCGCCAUGUCCCCUCGCUCCCUCGGUGGUCUCCUAGUGCUGCUGCUGUGUAUGCUUGGGGCCGCCAUUGCUGGGAGAGAUUUCUACAAAAUCUUGGGAGUGUCUCGCAGUGCAUCUGUUAAAGAUAUUAAAAAGGCCUACAGAAAAUUAGCCCUGCAACUUCAUCCAGACCGUAACCCCGAUGAUCCACGUGCACAGGAAAAGUUCCAGGAUCUUGGGGCUGCCUAUGAGGUGCUAUCAGAUGAGGAAAAGCGUAAACAGUACGAUGCAUAUGGAGAAGAGGGUCUGAAAGAAGGUCACCAGGGUUCCCAUGGAGAUAUUUUUUCACAUUUCUUUGGGGACUUUGGCUUCAUGUUUGGAGGCAGUCCUCGCCAACAGGACAGAAACAUUCCAAGAGGAAGUGACAUCAUUGUGGAUCUAGAAGUUACACUGGAAGAAGUAUAUUCAGGAAACUUUGUUGAAGUUACUCGAAACAAACCAGUAGCAAGACAAGCGCCUGGUAAAAGAAAAUGCAAUUGCCGGCAAGAGAUGAGGACAACCCAGCUAGGCCCAGGGCGUUUCCAGAUGACCCAAGAAGUGGUCUGUGAUGAGUGCCCCAACGUGAAGCUUGUGAAUGAAGAGCGGACCCUAGAGGUGGAAAUAGAGCCUGGUGUGAGGGAUGGCAUGGAAUAUCCCUUUAUUGGGGAAGGUGAACCACAUGUUGAUGGAGAGCCAGGUGACUUGCGGUUCCGAAUAAAAGUUCUUAAGCAUCCAGUUUUUGAACGAAGAGGGGAUGAUUUAUAUACAAAUGUGACUAUCUCGCUGGUCGAGGCUCUAGUAGGCUUUGAGAUGGAUAUUGCCCAUUUGGAUGGGCAUAAAGUCCACAUUGCCCGGGAUAAAAUCACAAAGCCUGGAGCAAAGCUGUGGAAGAAAGGAGAAGGUCUUCCCAGUUUUGACAAUAACAACAUUAAAGGCUCUCUAAUAAUCACAUUUGAUGUGGAUUUUCCCAAAGAGCAAUUAACAAAUGAACAGCGGGAAGGCCUAAAACAAUUGCUGAGACAGGCAUCAGUUCAGAAGGUGUACAAUGGUCUGCAAGGAUAUUAAGACUAGGAGAAAAAUGGACUUUGUUGCAAACAAAUGAAAUCAGUGCUGUAAACUGCAGUCUUUUCUUCUGGUCAUUGUAGAACAAACCUGAGGGGUGUUGGAGUGACUGUUAAGACCUCUGUACAAAUAAUGGGGGUGUAUCUGGGGUCGAUCAGAAGAGAUAAAAGAAACUUCCUGAUUCAGGACACAACUGGUGCUGCCUACUUGGAGCUGUCAGGCUCCAGAAGUGAAAUAGACGAGGCGUUUUAACACAAGUACCAAGAUGAACUUCUGGUUUUAAAAUAUAUUUUGAUGUUACUUUUUCUUGCCCCUCUGAAUGACUUUUCAUAAUUAACUUUUGUUUCCCCUCUCCUUGCUUGAGCUCAUAUCACAUUUAUUUCAGGCAAUGUCCCUUCUAGGUUCUGUGCUGGUGGCACAGGUUUUUUGACACCCACUUUUUAGUGUGUUUGUUAGAAUUGCUUCCUUGGCGUUCUGUUUUUUUAUUAUUUAAAAAAAUACCUAGUCUUUGAGAAAUGACAGGAGUGACACCACAAGUUUCACUUGUCUGUCUCAUUUUUUUAGGUUUCUUUAUAAACAUCCAUGUGAUUCCAGUUGUUUAUACUGCUGAAGGUUACUUUUAGUCUUUAUCAUCAUCCAGAGGAGUGUCUAGUUCUCCCUGUACACUGCAGCAGUUUGUGGCAUUGUCCAUGUGAAGCUGGCAUCUUUCUAUGUAUCCACAAAACCGGCAGCAGCACUUACAUGUUUACUGUUUAGACUGUAGUGAAAGAAAUAUAAUACACGAUCCAUGGUAUCUUAAAAAGAAACAGUCCAGCAAGCAAAGACUACAUUGUCCCUUUGGUGAAGCAAGUGACUGUAAUAAUUAGGUAGAGGAAAGUUUUUACCUUUUGACCUGUGGAGUGCAAAGAGAAGAUUCUUCAUUUUCUAAGGGACUUGUUGCUUGGCAACAUAUCCUUCAUAGACCUACGGUAUAUGCACAGAACAAAAACAUAUCAACCUGCCUUACCAUAAUCUUUGGGCUGCUAUUUUUCCAAUUUCCCCAUUUUUUGUAAACAAAUUUUGCUCCC